AAUAAUAUAUGUUAGAACCACAGAUAUCUGUAUUUUAAUUUUUAAUACCAUAAAAUGUAUUCGCAGGAAGCAUUCCAUACGAAGUUGGAAACUCAUCGGCACUUCAACAAUUUAUUUGUGUUCAAAUAACUUAAUAGGUGAAAUUCCGCAUUCAAUUGGCAAUUUAUCAAAUUUGAAGAUUUUGGAUAUGUCCCAAAACAAUCUUCAUGGUCCAAUACUUGCAGCCAUCUUCAAUCUCUCCAUGUUAAAAGUACUUGCUUUAGAUGUUAAUAGUAUAUUUGGGAAUCUUCCAUCUUCAAUUGCCAAUGGGCUUCCUAAUCUCGAAGGUCUCUAUCUUGGUGGCGAUCAAUUGAGCGGAGAAAUUCAUGCCUCUGUUUCAAAUUUUUCUAAGCUUAUCCACUUGGAUCUUAGUUACAACUCUUUCAAUGGACGAGUGCCCAUGAAUCUUGGGAAUUUACAGAACCUACAAAAACUCGGAUUGGAUAAUAAUGAGUUGACAAAUGAUCCUUCAAUGAUCGAAUUGGAUUUUCUUAUUUCAUUGAGAAAUUGUAAGAAUUUGAAGAUCAUACAGAUCGGAUUAAAUUCUUUUCACGGAUUAUUACCAAAGCCUUGGGUAAUUUGUCAACAUCUGUUGAAAUUUUCACUGCCGAUUAUACUGGCAUUAAAGGUAUCAUUCCUAAUGAAAUUGGUAAUAUGAGCAACUUGAUCGAGUUAAACAUUGGAGGCAAUGAAUUGACAGGAACGAUCCCUGACACAUUGGGUCAAUUAAGAAAAUUGCAAAAGUUAGGACUUGGUUUCAAUAAACUAGGGGGGUUGGUACCUUCCAACCUUUGCAAUUUGGUAAAUCUAUAUCAUCUACGUUUGAGCAAUAAUAAGCUUUCUCAACAGAUACCAACUUGUUUAGGAAAUCUUACCUCUUUACGAGAAAUGUAUUUAGAUUACAACUCAUUGACUUCCACUAUCCCAUCCACACUUUGGACUAACAAGAAAAUUCUGAUUUUGAGUUUAGCUUAUAAUUCGCUGAAUGGGUCAUUGGCUUUAGAAAUUGGAAGCAUUAAGAACAUGAGAGAGUUAUACUUAUCAGGAAAUCAGUUUCAGGUGAUAUUCCAAGCACUCUUGGGCAACUUCAAAAUUUGAAAAAUCUUACAUUAUCGAACAAUUAGUUACAUGGUCAUAUACCUGAGUCGUUUGGGAAUCUGAUUUCAUUGCAAAAUUUGGAUCUUUCCAAAAACAAUCUCUAUGGUGUAAUCCCCAAGUCAUUGGAGAAACUUGAGGACCUUGAGUAUUUCAAUGUUUCAUUCAAUGAAGUUAGUGGUGAAAUUCCAGGUGGAGGGCCUUUCAAAAAUUUCAGGUCAGAAUUUUUUGUAGGUAAUAGAGAAUUGUGUGGAGCAUCUCAAUUUAAAGUCAAGCCGUGCAAAAAUAAUACAA